CCCCCUCCUUCCUCAUCCACACGACGUCAUCUCCCCCGCCAACUGUACCAGCUGGCGCCAGCUGCCAACACCCGACAAGCCCCUCCAUCUCAAACCUCCGAGUAAUUGCCCGGCGCGCCAACCAACACAUCCACCUCCCGCCUCACCAAAUUCUCAACAACUCCUGUUUCCCUACUUCGUUUAUUAUUCCACUUAUCCCGCAACACCCUCUCCUCCUCGUCUUCAUCAUCACCACCUUCACGAAUCCUGCCCACCAUGUCGGGUCAAGUCCCCGUCGCAAACGCCCUGUCCGACAUCUACCCCGCCGCCGCCCUCGCCCAGCAAGGCCCGCGAUGGAACACCCUGCUCUCUAAGUUUAAAGACGCCUACGGCCACGAUGCCGCCUUUGUCGCAAGAUCCCCCGGCCGCGUCAAUAUUAUCGGCGAACACAUCGACUACUCGCUGUACUCUGUCCUGCCCAUGGCCAUCACCGCCGACGCCAUCAUCGCCGUGUCCUCUAGACCAGUCGCGGCCGGCGCAACAUCGUUCAAGAUUCGCAUUGCCAAUGUCCUCGACGACAAGUUUGCCAAGGGCGAGUUUGAGGUGCCUCUUGACCAGGCCUCCGAGAUUGACUCUACAAAGUUUGAGUGGACAAACUACUUCAAGAGCGGCCUCAAUGGCGCCCUGGAGCUGUUGCGCAAGAAGAACCCUGAGCUCAAGGCCGUCGAUAUGGAUAUCAUGAUGGACGGUACCGUGCCUGUAGGUGGCGGCCUUAGUUCUAGUGCCGCGUUUGUGAGCGCGAGUGCUCUCGCGGUCCUCUAUGCAAAUGGCAUCGCCAGCGUCGACAAGAGGGAGCUUACAGAGCUAGCCAUUGUCAGUGAGCGCGCCGUCGGCGUUAACUCCGGAGGUAUGGAUCAAUCGGCCUCGGUCCUCUCAGAAGAAGGAUCGGCUCUCUACGUCUCCUUCUCCCCCAGCCUCGACGCCAAACCCAUCAAGUUCCCUCAAACAUCUCCCGAACUCUGCUUCAUCAUCGCCCAGUCCUUCAUCACCUCCAACAAGCAGGUCACCGGUCCUAUUCACUACAAUCUGCGCGUCGUCGAAGUCACCCUUGCUGCCGCAUACCUCAACGCCGUCCUCAACCCACCUGGUGUCGAGCUUCCCAAGGACGCAGGCUCUCUUGGUCACUCGCUCCAGGGCUUCCACCAGACCUACUUUUAUCACAACACCGCCUCAGACCUCUCUGCGCCAAAGUCACUUACAAAGGAACAAGAACUUGAGAAGCUUAUUGCCCUUACAAAGGAGACCCUCACCAAAGAAGACGGCUAUACGCGCGAGGAAGUCGCUGCUGUGCUCAAUACUACGGUCGCCGACCUCGAGCAGCGCUUCAUGUCCAAGUUCCCCGUCCGUGCAGACAAGUUUAAGCUUCGUCAGCGUGCGCUCCACGUGUUUACUGAGGCUCUCCGCGUGUUACACUUCCUCACACUCCUCCAGCAGCCAAUGGAUGCUGGUGCUACCGACACAUCAGACUUUAACCAGCGUCUUGGUGCGCUGAUGAACCAGACACAAGACUCGUGCCGUGACUUGUACGAGUGCAGUUGUCCUGAGAUUGAUACCAUUUGCUCAGUCGCUCGUGCUGCUGGCGCAUACGGAUCGCGGUUGACGGGUGCUGGCUGGGGAGGCUGCAGCGUGCACCUUGUGCCGGUGGACAAGGCCGCUGCUGUCAAGGAGGCUCUAGAAAAGGAAUAUUACUCGAAAAUGACGUUGACGGACGAUCAGAAAGAGCAGGCUGUAGUGAUUAGUCGGCCAGCCCGUGGAAGUGCACUCUACUUGACCGAAAACGGUGUCAACUAGGGCAUGGAGGGGUCAUGUUUAGUAGCUGUAUUAGCAAGCCUUUUAAUCUAUCGUAGAACCGACUGAAAGAGUGACCGCCCUCUUCCACUUUAAAGAGAAUGAACACUUGCUCUCGUCUGCAGUUAGCCGUAGUUGUGAGAUGAAGAAUGACGACUACGCAACAGACCUGCCACAAGAAUCCAUUGAUACAAACGAAUACAAAGAUAAUAGGUUCAGUAACUGUCAUAUUUUCAGAUAUUUCCACUGGUGACAUUUUAGCCC